AUGGCAAACCGAGCACAUGGAAACAAAACAUCCAUCACAGAGUUCAUCCUACUAGGAUUCCAGACUCUUCCAGAACUGCAAUUUUUUCUCUUCCUGCUCUUUCUAGUGACCUACAUUGUAACUGUGGCUGGGAACCUCCUCAUUUUGGCACUAGUGGUGGCGGAUCACAACCUCCACACCCCCAUGUACUUCUUCCUGGGCAACUUGUCCUGCCUGGAGACCUGCUACAGCUCCAUCAUCCUGCCCAAGAUGCUGGCCGGGCUCCUGACCGGGGUCCAAUCAAUUUCCUUCAGUGGGUGCCUCACCCAAUAUUAUUUCUUUGGUUCACUGGUCGGCACUGAAUGCUUUCUCUUAUCGGUGAUGUCUUAUGACCGGUAUCUCGCGAUAUGCCACCCACUGCGUUACACAGCCCUCAUGAGGGGCAGGGACUGGCUGCGGCUGGCAGGUGGCUCGUGGAUAGGGGGCUUCCUAGGUAAUGGCAUAGCAACAUUUUCUUUAUCCCUGUUAACUUUCUGUGGCCCCAAUACUAUUGACCAUUUCCUCUGUGAUCUUGACCCUCUGAUACGUCUUUCCUGCAAUGACUCUCAGAUGAUGGAAACUCUGGUUUUCAUAUUCAUCUUGAUUUUCUCACUGGUCCCGUUCCUGCUCACUGUGACGUCCUACAUCUGCAUCAUCGCCACCAUCCUGAGGAUCCCUUCCACCAGGGGCCGGCAAAAGGCCUUCUCUACCUGCUCCUCCCACCUCAUCGUGGUGACCAUUUACUAUGGAACGCUGCUCAUUGUCUACAUGUUCCCAACCACUGACCUCCUGGGAGACUUCCAGAAAGUUGUCUCUAUCAUCUACACGGUCCUGACUCCUCUUGUCAAUCCCCUCAUCUACAGCCUGAGAAACAAAGAGGUCAAGGAUGCCCUGAGGAAAGUUAGGAAGAAAUUCAUGUUUGGAUGA